ACCGGGGCCCGGGGUCCGGGGGGCGCGGACACCAUGCGGCUGCUGCAGGCGGCCCUGGCCGUGGCCACGCUGCUGGCGGCGCAGUCGGGAGGCAGGGCGGAGGGCGGCCCGGAGGCGGCGGCGGCGGCGGCCGUCGGGAAGGAGAAUCGAGCCAGCAGGGCCAAGCGGAGAGGCGGCGGCGGCCACGACGCGCUCAAAGGGCCCAACGUGUGUGGAUCCCGUUUCAAUGCCUACUGCUGUCCUGGAUGGAAAACCUUGCCCGGUGGAAACCAGUGCAUUGUCCCUAUCUGUCGGCAUUCCUGUGGGGACGGAUUUUGCUCCCGGCCAAACAUGUGCACCUGCCCGACUGGGCAGAUAUCACCAUCUUGCGGCUCAAGAUCCAUCCAGCACUGCAACGUGCGGUGCAUGAACGGUGGCAGCUGCAGCAACGACCACUGCUUGUGCCAGAAGGGCUACACGGGACCCCACUGUGGACAGCCUGUGUGUGAGAGUGGCUGUCUGAACGGUGGGAGGUGCGUGGCCCCGAACCGCUGCGCCUGCACGUACGGCUUCACCGGACCCCAGUGUGAGCGAGAUUACCGAACCGGGCCGUGCUUCACGUUGGUCAGCAACCAGAUGUGCCAGGGCCAGCUGAGCGGCAUCGUCUGCACCAAGAUCCUGUGCUGCGCCACCGUUGGACGGGCGUGGGGCCAUCCCUGCGAGAUGUGCCCCGCUCAGCCGAACCCCUGCCGCCGAGGCUUCAUCCCCAACAUCCGCACCGGGGCCUGCCAAGAUGUGGACGAGUGUCAAGCCAUCCCUGGGCUGUGCCAGGGGGGCAAAUGCAUCAACACCGUCGGCUCCUUCGAGUGCAAGUGUCCGGCGGGGCACAAGCUCCACGAAGUGUCGCAGAAGUGUGAAGAUAUCGACGAGUGCACCACCAUCCCCGGAGUCUGCGGCGGCGGCGAAUGCACCAACACCGUCAGUAGCUACUUCUGCAUGUGCCCCUCGGGGUUUUACACUUCGCCGGACGGCACCCGCUGCAUCGAUGCCCGCCCGGGAAACUGCUUCUCCUCCCUGGCGCACGGGCGCUGUUCGGGCCAGCUGCCUCAGUCCCUGUCCAAGACCCAGUGCUGCUGUGACUCGGGCCGCUGCUGGGCCCCGAGCCCCGCCAGCCCCCCGGAGAUGUGUCCGAUCCGAGCCACAGAGGAUUUCCGCAAGCUGUGCGCCGCCCCGAGUCACGGGCUGCCCCCGGUCCGGCCCGAAGCCCCUCUGCCUCCCGGCGUCUUCCCCCCCGGAGUCAGCUACCCUGGAUUCCCCGCGGGCUUCUACCCCUCCCCUGACAUUGCCGUCCCCUCUCGGAGACCCCCUGUGGUGCUGCCGUUCAACCUCACGGACUACUGCAAGGCCUACCCGGGCCUGUGCCCCAACGGACACUGCAUCCCCCCCGGCAGUUACCGCUGCGAGUGCAAAGGGCUUCCAGUCGACGUCCACAACGAAUGCAUCGAUGUGGACGAGUGUGAGCAGAGCCCCUGUGGGGGCGAGUGUGUCAACACCAAGGGCUCCUACGUGUGCCAAUGCCGGGCCGGCUUCCAGAGCACGUCCACGAGGACGCGAUGCCGAGAUAUCGACGAGUGUUUGCAGAACGGCCGGAUCUGCAGCAACGGCUGCAUCAACACGGACGGCAGCUUCCACUGCGUGUGCAACGCGGGCUUCCACGUCACCCCCGACGGCAAGAACUGCGAAGACAUGGACGAGUGCAGCAUUCGGAACAUGUGCCUGAACGGCAUGUGCAUCAACGAGGACGGCAGCUUCAAGUGCAUCUGCAAGCCCGGUUUCCAGCUGUCUCCAGACGGGCGCUACUGCACAGACAUCAACGAGUGCGACACCCCAGGCAUCUGUAUGAACGGGCGCUGCGUGAACACCGACGGCUCUUAUCAGUGCGAGUGCUUCCCGGGGCUGGCCGUGGGCCUGGACGGGCGAGUGUGCGUCGACACGCACAUGCGAAGCACGUGCUACGGCGGGUAUAAAAGGGGCCAGUGCGUUCGGCCUCUGGGCGGAGCCGUGACCAAGUCCACUUGCUGCUGCACCAACACCGAGUUCGCCUUCGGAGAGCCGUGCCAGCCGUGCCCUGCGCAGAACUCAGCUGAGUACCAGGCGCUGUGCAGCAGCGGGCCGGGCAUGACUUCGGAGGGCAGUGACAUAAACGAGUGUGCCCUGGAUCCCGACAUCUGCGCCAACGGGAGCUGCGAGAACCUGCGCGGCUCCUACAAGUGUGUCUGCAACUCGGGCUACGAGGUGGACGUCACCGGCAAGGCCUGCAUCGACAUCGACGAGUGCGCUCUGAACACGCUGCUGUGCGACAACGGUCUGUGCCGCAAUACUCCCGGGAGCUUCUCUUGCUCUUGUCCCAAGGGCUUCCUCUAUUCCCCCGACCAAACCUGCGAAGACGUGGACGAGUGCGAGUCGAAUCCCUGCGUGAACGGCGUUUGCAAGAACACCCUGGGCUCCUUCGUGUGCGAGUGUCCGCCGGAGAGCACGCUGGACCCGUCCAAGACCGUGUGCAUAGAAACCAUCAAGGGCACCUGCUGGCAGAGCAUCGUCAACGGCAGGUGCGAGAUCAACAUCAACGGCGCCACGCUCAAGUCUCAAUGCUGCUCCUCGUUGGGUGCCGCUUGGGGUAGCCCUUGCACGCCCUGCACCCGAGAUCCCGUCUGCACUCGAGGCUACUUCAGGGUCCAAGGCACCCAGUGUCAAGACAUAGACGAGUGUGAGGUCUUCCCCGGCGUGUGCAAGAACGGUCACUGUGUCAACACCCUGGGCUCGUUCGUCUGCCAGUGCCCCAGCGGAAUGACGCUGGACCUCACGGGCCGGAUAUGUCUCGACAUCCGGCUGGAGACCUGCUACCUGAGCCACGAGGAUGAAGAAUGCUCAGUGCCCGUCGCUGGCCGGCACCGCAUGGAUGCCUGCUGCUGCUCCGUGGGCGCGGCCUGGGGCACAGGCGAAUGCGAGGAGUGCCCGGAGCGGGGUAGCCCCGAGUUCGAAGCCCUCUGCCCGAGGGGCCCUGGCUUCGCUACCCGAGGGGAAGUUAUCAAUGGCAAGCCGUUCUUCAAAGACAUCAACGAGUGCAAGAUGAUUCCUAGCCUGUGCACUCACGGCAAGUGUCGGAACACCAUCGGCAGCUUCAAGUGCCGCUGCGACAGCGGCUUCGCUCUGGACUCGGAGGAGCGGAACUGCACAGAUAUCGACGAGUGCCGCAUCUCCCCCGACCUGUGCGGCCAGGGCAUCUGCGUGAACACCCCGGGAGACUUCGAGUGCGAGUGCUUCGACGGCUAUGAGAGCGGCUUCAUGAUGAUGAAGAACUGCAUGGACAUCGACGAGUGCCAGAGGGACCCUCUCCUGUGCCGCGGCGGGUCGUGCCUCAACACCGAGGGCAGCUUCCGCUGCGAGUGCCCCGUGGGCCAUCAAGUGGCGCCCAACAUCUCGGCGUGUGUAGAUAUUAAUGAGUGCGAUCUGAGCGCCAAUCUCUGCCGCCACGGUCGUUGCGUGAACCUGGUCGGGCGGUACCAGUGUGCCUGCAACCCCGGCUACCAGUCCACGCCGGACAAGUUGUCCUGUGUCGACAUCGACGAGUGCAACAUCAUGAACGGGGGCUGUGACACGUUCUGCACAAACGCGGAGGGCAGUUACGAGUGCAGCUGCCGGCAGGGGUUCGCCCUGAUGCCGGACCAGCGGUCCUGCACAGACAUCGACGAGUGCGAAGACAGCCCCAUCUGCGACGGAGGGCAGUGCACCAACAUCCCCGAAUACCGCUGCCUCUGCUUCGACGGCUUCAUGGCGUCCGAGGACAUGAAGACCUGUGUGGAUGUGAACGAGUGUGACCUCAACCCGAACAUCUGUCUGAGCGGCAGCUGCGAGAACACCAAGGGGUCUUUCAUCUGCCACUGCGACAUGGGCUACUCGGGCAGGAGAGGACAAAGUGACUGCCCAGACAUCAACGAGUGUGAGAUCGGAGCCCACAACUGCGACCGGCACGCCCUCUGCACCAACACGGCAGGGAGCUUCAAGUGCAGCUGCAGCCCGGGCUGGAUCGGCAACGGCGUCAAGUGCACAGACCUGGACGAGUGCUCCAACGGGACCCACAUGUGCAACCAGCACGCCGACUGCAAGAACACGAUGGGCUCGUACCGCUGCUUGUGCAAGGAAGGGUACACGGGAGAUGGUUUCACGUGCACAGAUCUGGACGAGUGCUCCGAGAACCUGAACCUGUGCGGGAACGGCCAGUGCCUCAACGCCCCCGGCGGCUACCGCUGCGAAUGUGACAUGGGCUUCGUGCCCAGCACCGACGGCAAAGCUUGCGAAGACAUCGACGAGUGCUCCCUGCCCAACAUCUGCGUCUUCGGCACCUGCCAGAACCUGCCCGGCCUAUUCCGCUGCGAGUGCGAGACGGGCUACGAGCUGGACCGGAGCGGCGGCAACUGUACAGAUGUGAACGAGUGCCUGGACCCCACCACCUGCAUCAGCGGCAACUGCAUCAACACCGCGGGCAGCUACACCUGCGACUGUCCGCCGGACUUCGAGCUGAACCCCACCCGAGUCGGCUGUGUCGAUACCCGCUCCGGGAACUGCUACCUGGACAUUCGCCCGCGUGGCGACAAUGGCGACACAUCCUGCAACAACGAGAUUGGCGUGGGUGUGUCCAAGGCCUCGUGCUGCUGCUCGCUGGGCAGGGCCUGGGGCACCCCUUGUGAGCUCUGCCCAGCCGUGAACACCACGGAGUACAAGGUUCUGUGUCCUGGAGGAGAAGGCUUCCGCCCCAACCCCAUCACAGUUAUCUUGGAAGACAUCGAUGAGUGCCAGGAGCUCCCCGGGCUGUGCCAGGGUGGAAAAUGCGUGAACACUUUCGGAAGCUUCCACUGCCGCUGCCCCUCGGGGUAUUACCUCAACGAGGACACGCGCGUGUGUGACGACGUGAACGAGUGCGACACCCCCGGGAUCUGCGGGCCGGGCACGUGCUACAACACAGUGGGCAACUAUACCUGCAUCUGCCCCCCCGACUACAUGCAGGUCAACGGCGGCAACAACUGCAUGGACAUGCGACGGAGCCUGUGCUACCGCAAUUACUAUGCGGACAACCGGACCUGCGACGGGGAGCUGCUGUUCAACAUGACCAAGAAGAUGUGCUGCUGCUCCUACAACAUCGGCCGCGCCUGGAACCGACCCUGCGAGCAGUGUCCCGUCCCCAGCACUGAUGAGUUUGCGGCCCUGUGUGGGAGCCAACGCCCCGGCUUUGUCAUAGACAUCUACACCGGCCUACCCGUGGACAUCGACGAGUGUCGGGAGAUCCCGGGCGUCUGUGAGAACGGCGUAUGCAUCAACAUGGUGGGGAGCUUCCGCUGCGAGUGCCCCGUGGGCUUCUUCUACAAUGACAAGCUGCUUAUCUGCGAAGACAUCGACGAGUGUCAGAACGGCCCCGUGUGCCAGCGCAACGCCGACUGCGUCAACAUCGCCGGCAGCUACCGCUGUGACUGCAAGCCGGGCUACCGGUUCACCUCCACGGGCCAGUGCAAUGACCGCAACGAGUGCCAGGAGAUUCCUAACGUCUGUAGUCACGGGCAGUGCAUAGACACGGUGGGCAGCUUCUACUGUUUGUGCCACAACGGUUUCAAGACCAACGCCGACCAGACGAUGUGUGUGGACAUCAACGAAUGUGAGCGGGACGCCUGCGGCAACGGGACCUGCCGCAACACCGUGGGCUCCUUCAACUGUCACUGCAACUACGGCUUCACCCUGUCGCAUAACAACGACUGCAUCGACGUGGACGAGUGUGCCGCGGGGAACGGAAACCUGUGCCGCCACGGCCAGUGCAUCAACUCCGUGGGCUCCUUCCACUGCCUGUGCCACGACGGCUACGCGGCGGCCCCCGACGGCAGGAGCUGUGCAGACGUGAACGAGUGUGCCUUGGACCCCGGCAAGUGCGCGCCAGGCACCUGUCAGAAUCUGGACGGCUCCUAUCGGUGUAUCUGCCCUCCGGGAUACAGCCUGCAGAACGACAACUGUGAAGAUAUCGAUGAAUGCGUGGAAGAGCCAGAUAUCUGUGCCCUGGGCAUAUGCAGUAACACUCCAGGCAGCUUCAAGUGCCUGUGCCCAGAGGGAUUCCUUCUGUCUUCUACGGGGCGGCGCUGCCAAGACCAGAGGAGAAGCUUCUGCUACGCCAAAUUCGAGGGGAGCAAGUGUUCGGCCCCCAAGUCCAAGAACCACACUAAGGUGGAGUGCUGCUGCGCGCUCAAGGGCGAGGGCUGGGGAGACCCCUGCGAGCUGUGCCCCAGCGAGCCUGACGAGGCGUUCCGCCAGAUCUGCCCCUACGGAAGUGGAAUCCUGGUGGGACCGGACGACAGCCGUGUGGAUAUGGACGAGUGCAAGGAGCCCGACAUGUGCAAAUAUGGGCAGUGCAUCAAUACCGACGGCUCCUAUCGCUGCGAGUGUCCCUUCGGCUACAUCCUCCAGGGUGUGGAGUGCGUAGAUACGGACGAGUGUGCGGUGGGCAACCCCUGCGGCAACGGCACGUGCCGGAAUGUCAUCGGUGGCUUCGAGUGCAUCUGCGAGGACGGGUUCGAGCCCGGCCCGAUGAUGACCUGCGAAGAUAUCAACGAGUGCGCACAGAACCCCCUGCUCUGUGCCUUCCGCUGCGUGAACACGCGUGGGUCCUACGAGUGCAAGUGUCCUGUGGGCUACGUCCUGAGAGAAGACAGGAGGAUGUGCAAAGAUGAGAACGAGUGUGAAGAGGGAAAACACGACUGUGCGGAGAAGCAGAUGGACUGCAAAAACCUGAUUGGCACCUACAUGUGUAUCUGCGGCCCCGGCUACCAGCGGCGGCCGGACGGGGAGGGCUGUAUCGACGAGAACGAGUGCCAGACCCGGCAGGGACUGUGCGAGAACGGUCGCUGCCUCAACACCCGCGGCAGCUACACGUGCGAGUGUAACGACGGCUUCACGGCCAGCCCGGCUCAGGACGAGUGUCUCGACAACCGGGAGGGCUACUGUUUCAGCGAGGUGCUGCACACUAUGUGCCAGAUCGCCUCGAGCAACGCGGAGCCCGUCACCAAGUCCGAAUGCUGCUGUGACGGCGGGAGGGGCUGGGGCCCCCACUGCGAGCUCUGCCCCUUCCAGGGCACCGUGCCCUACAAGAAGCUCUGCCCUCACGGCCGCGGUUUCAUGACCAACGGAGCAGAUAUCGACGAGUGCAAGGUGAUCCAUGACGUUUGCCGCCACGGAGAGUGCGUCAACGAGAGGGGGUCCUACCACUGUAUCUGCCAUACUGGCUACACGCCGGACCUGACCGGCACCGCCUGCGUGGAUCUGAACGAGUGCAACCAGGCACCCAAACCAUGCAACUUCAUCUGCAAGAACACGGAAGGGAGUUACCAGUGCUCCUGCCCCAAGGGCUACAUCCUGCAGGAGGAUGGAAGGAGCUGCAAAGACCUGGACGAGUGUGCCACCAAGCAACACAACUGCCAGUUCUUGUGCGUUAACACCAUCGGGGGCUUCACCUGCAAGUGUCCUCCUGGCUUCACGCAGCACCACACGGCCUGCAUAGAUAACAAUGAGUGUUCCACGGAGGUGAAUCUCUGUGGUGCCAAGGGUGUCUGCCAAAACACGCCCGGGAGCUUCACCUGCGAGUGCCAGCGCGGCUUCUCUCUGGACCAGAGUGGCGCCAGCUGUGAAGACGUGGACGAGUGUGAGGGCAACCACCGUUGUCAGCAUGGCUGCCAGAACAUCGUGGGAGGGUACCGGUGCAGCUGCCCACAAGGCUACCUACAACACUACCAGUGGAACCAGUGUGUGGACGAGAACGAGUGUCUGAGCGCGCACGUGUGCGGCGGGGCGUCUUGCCACAACACGGUGGGGAGCUACAAAUGCACGUGCCCCGCGGGCUUCCAGUUCGAGCAGUUCAGCGGCGCCUGCCAGGACGUGAAUGAGUGCGGCUCCCCGCAAGCGCCUUGCAGCUACGGCUGCGCCAACACGGAGGGCGGCUACCUGUGCGGCUGCCCGCCCGGCUACCUCCGCGUCGGCCAUGGGCACUGUGUGUCAGGGAUGGCCAGGGGCCUGGACCCUCCGGUCAGCGGCGAAGUGGACGACAACUCUCUCUCCCCGGAGACCUGCUACGAGUGCAAGAUCAACGGCUACCCGAAGCGAGGCCGUAAAAGGCGGGAGGUCAACGACACUGCGGCCGCGGUCGAGGACCCGCCGGCAGCGGGCAGCCCCCCGGUGAGCCUGGCCAGCUGGGACGAGGAGCAGACGGCCGUCUUCGCUUUCAACGUGUCCCGGGUGAGCAGCAAGGUCCGCAUCCUGGAGCUCGUCCCCGCCCUCUCCGCCCUGACGAACCACAGCCGCUAUCUCAUCGAGUCCGGCAACGCCCAGGGCCUCUUUCGCCUCAACGCGAAGGAGGGCGUCAGCUACCUCCACUUCUCCAAGAAGAAGCCGGUGGCCGGUACCUACUCCCUCCAGCUGAGCAGCGUCCCGCUCUACAAGAGGAAGGAGUUGAACCAGCUGGAGAGCAAGCACAAUGCAGACUACCUCAGUGGGGAGCUGGGAGAGAGCCUGAAAAUGAAAAUUCAGAUCGUGCUCCAUUAAUUCGCCCGCCAGAGACCAAGCCGGGGAAAACCAAAGCUCGCCAGGUAGAAGUGGACAUUUUCCGCAAGCAGAUUCUCCAUAUCAUAGGUACAGUCCGGCCCGCCCCGGCCCGAGCCCGCCCCGUGCCCGGGGUCGCCCACCGCCCACGCCCCUGGAGGUGGGGGCGGCGGCCGCUGGCGGGCAGGGGAACGGAGCGGCGGCUCCCGCCUCCGGCCCGACUUGUAUGAUGAUAUGAUGAAUCUGGGACGUGGGGAGGGGUCGCCCUCGGACAAGCCCCUCCCCCCGGUCGGCGGGCCGCUGCCCCCACUCGCCCCUCCACCCCAUCUGGAACUUUUCUCCUCCUCCCCACCUCCACCUAACGAGGGCGACCAUUUAUAACGUCUCUUCGGUGCUACUCAGUUUUUUCAAACUAGAUUUAUAAAUGCACUGUCGUAAUAUCCACACAUCUUAGAAGGCCAAAGGGCAAGUAUUCAGUCCAGUACUCGUGCAGUAACGUUCAGCCAGCCGACGUGCGCUCGGCAGCAACCGCAGUUAUGCCUGUAACCUCGAACAUGUAAAUUAAGUGUGUGUAUACUGUAACCCUGCUCUAGCGUGGUCGCCGAGGCGUUUGUAAACGAGAAACGGCCCCUCGACGGGAGGCCUGGCCGUGAUGCUCGCUCGCCGCCCCCGGGCCCCGGGGGUGGACACAGCAACCCGACGACGAAACCAACCUCUGGGACUCACCUCCGCCGAGGGCUGGGGGGCGGCUGGGGAACCCUGGCCAGCGGUGGCCGGUGCCCCCGCCGGCCAAGGCCGCCCUUUCUCCCUCCUCCCCUCGCCCCUUCCCCCACUCCGUAGCCCCUUCCCGAGCUCUGAGCCCCCCCGCUCCCCUCAUCCCCCCCGGUCACGCCGCGCUGGGACCCGGGGCCGACCACCGGCCCCCGACGAGGGUUCGAUGUCACAAUAAAACCGUCUCUUUUUUCUAUUGUA